AUGAUUGCUACCACUGCCAGAGGAGGUAGCGGAGAGUUUAAUGGAACUAAUUGUUCACUUCCAAAAGUAAAAAUAUGGUUCCAAAAUCGUCGCAUGAAGUGGCGUAACUCCAAAGAAAGAGAACUGCUCGCCAGCGGUGGCUCACGAGAUCAGACUCUGCCGAACAAGAACAAUCCUCAUCCGGACCUGAGCGACGCCCAAACGGACCCCCCAAGGGUACCGCCGACUCCUUCGCCGCCUUCGACGAUCCACGCUGCUGCGAUGAUCAACACGGAGCAGGGAGGAGACCCGCAUUCAAAGUCUCCUGCUCCGCCACUGCUCGCUGGCAACACCAGUUGGUCCUUCGAACCUGAUGAAUAUGCGGAUAGUGAUUGCGCUAGUGAUGAAGAGAUCAAUGUCACGUGA